AGGUGACCUAGAUGACCACCCACAACCUGCACUUAGGGUAGAAAUUACUCAGCAUGAAUCCUGCCCUUUUAUUCUCUCUCCCCUUAGUCUUUGCCCUUACUUUGGGGCAGAGCAUGUCCCUUUGCAUCCCUGUUGAAUAUGUCAUCCAUGUGGAGAAGAGGGAGUGUGCCUACUGUCUGGCUAUCAACACGACCAUCUGUGAAGGAUUCUGCAUGACCAGGGACAGUAAUGGUAAGAAGCUGCUGCCCCGAAGUGCCCUGUCCCAGGAAGUGUGUACCUACAAGGAUAUGGUGUACAGGACCGUGAUGAUCCCUGGCUGUCAGUACCAUGCUGUCUCCUAUUACACCUAUCCUGUGGCAAUGAGCUGCAAGUGUGGGAAAUGCAAUACCGACUAUAGUGAUUGCAUCCAAGAGGCAAGCCACACUGGUUAUUGCACUGUCUCCUAG